GGGUUGUCCUUUACGGUAUUUUCCGUCGAACUUUUAUCCGAGGAAUCUUGUUGUACUCAAGAUGGAUUUCAGCAGCCGACUACCACUGACGCGAUCUGAGAUAGUGAUUCCACCCAUACUUGGGACGUCACCACUGGGGAAGGGAUUACAGAUCAUGGAAAAUUUGAAAAUAAUCGAGUUGAUUAGUUGCAAUGGUGUAACUAAAAUUUCCGACUUGUCUAGAUUCCCAAAUUUGGUAGACUUGAAAGUACAGUUAUGUGGAAGUUUAAAAGAAGUUACGGUUGGGGUUCUGAAGAAUCUUGUUAAUUUGGAACUUAGUAGCAACAGAGAACUUAGUAAGUUCAAAAUUGUGGGGGAGAUGGAAUCCUUGAAACGCCUGAAUCUGCAGGGCACUGCCAUCAAAGAAUUGUCUUCAUCGUCAAUCGGAUAUCUCAAAAAUCUUGUAGAGUUAAAUUUACAAGCAUGCAAAAAGCUUACACAUGUGCCGGGCACCAUCUUCGAGUUGCAACAUCUACAGCAUCUUGAUCUCUCGUGGUGCGAACUGGUUACAUUUUCUGAAAUGUAUUCUAGUAACCGGAGGAAUUCGCAUGUCAAGUACUACGGCCCUUUAUUUGUCAAUGUGAGGCGAUGCAAUAGUGUGGUAGAAAUUUCAGAAUUCGCAAGGGAAAUAGAUUCGUUAAAUGCCGGUAGUUGCUAUGCAUUGAGAAGAGUUUCGAAGUUGUCAAACAUUUUGGAAGGUAAAGAGUCAAACAUGUGUCGUCGGAUGAACUUGUUCGGUUGCCGUAUCCUGUGCAGCAAUCUGGCUCGUGACGUUUCAAAGUUGAAAGAAAAUUUACCGGAUAGUUCAGAAGUAACGGCUCUGUUGUCUCUUUUUCUCUCAUGUCUUCAAUCUGGAUUCGAGGUUACGUUUCCCGGAAAUGACAUUCCAGAAUGGUUCACCUGCCGUACGGGUUUUGGGCCGUUACCCUGGUCUCGGGAUGUCAAUUACAGAGGGCUUCGAGUAUACAAGUUCAGAAUUGAGUUUCCUGGAAAUUUCAAAUGGGAGAACAAAGGAUUGGCUUUCUGUGCUCAAGCUGAUAAAGAUUCCCAGUAUCACUUUAGACAUUUCAAAUUCCACUCUAUUUACAUUAAUGGCGUAUGCAUAGAGUCCAUAAUCUGGGAAGACACUUGGUUCAGGUUGGUGUUUGGUCAUGUGUGGUUGUACUAUAUUCCAUUCCAUACAAUAAUAAGACUGCUCAGGGAGAGUGGCUUACCACCACCUUCCUUGUGUCUAGUUGAUUUUCAAUUUGAAUAUCAAACCCUCCAAAAUUACUACUGGUUAUCGGAAACGAGGCGAGCACUGAUGGGAAGCUGUGGACUCCACGUAGUAAUGCCAGACGAUGAAGGCGUUUUUGUAAAUGGGCUGGUUCAUCAGCGAGAAUAUGAAAAUCAUCAGCAGGAACCAACAACUGUUUGA